AUGACUUUCCAAUCCGUCCACUCUUCCAAAGCCUCAUUCUGGCUCACUCUUUUCCUUCCUGCACUUGGCAUUUCUGCUCAUGGCCACGUUGACGAGAUCAUUGUCAACGGUGUAUCCUACCAAGGCUAUGGAAGCACCGACUUCCCAUACAUGCAAGACCCUCCUGUUGUUGCUGGCUGGACCAUUGAGCAGGCAGACAACGGCUUCGUUUCACCAGACAAGUAUGAUGAUCCGGAUAUCAUCUGUCACCGAGACGCUACUCCAGCCAAGGGACACAUCGAACUUGCUGCUGGUGAUACUCUCACUCUCCGAUGGUCAGGCUGGCCUGAGAACCACAGUGGCCCUAUCUUGAACUACCUCGCCAACUGCAACGGCCCCUGCGAGCGAGUCGACAAGACCAAGCUCGAGUUCUUCAAAAUUGAUGGGCUAGGCCUUCUUGAACAGGGCACGCCGGGCAGGUACGCGGAUAAGGUACUCCAAGACAACGGAGACCGAUGGAACGUCCGUAUUCCAAAGAACAUCGCCCCUGGAAACUACGUUCUUCGCCAUGAGAUCAUUGCUCUACAUAAUGCUCUGGACAAAGGUGGUGCACAGAACUACCCCCAAUGCUUCAACUUGAAGAUCACUGGCGAUGGGUCUGACUCUCCUUCUGGCUAUCUCGGUACUGAGCUUUACGAUGCUGCGGAUCCUGGUAUCCUUGUCAACGUCUACUCUAGCUCGGUUGACUACGAGGUUCCUGGUCCUACUAUUUGUGAAGGGGGCGUCUCGUCUGUUGAGCAGAAGCCAUCCGAAGCCACUACAACUGCAAAGUGUACUACUAGGUACUAA